CUCUAUAGUCUAUGCACUAGCAUUAAAAAACAUAAAAUUAAAGUUGUCGAAUCACGUUCACUUCGAUUCGAUAAAAAUUUAAAUUAACCAAAAGGAAAUUCACGACUCAGUUUAUAUUAAUUACGCUCAUUCAAAAGGAAUUUUAUCAUAGAAAAUAAUAAAUACUAUCAUACAAAAUGAGCUUCGGUCUGCCAUCACUCAAAGUAAAGCCUGAACAUGCGGGCAAUAUCACAGUCCAAGAAGGUCAUUUUGGAAUUCCUAGCCCCAUGGUUGCUGGUCUGGGAGCAACCAAAAAUAAAUUAGGCAUGUCACAUCCCUUGCAAGUUUCGGAACGAAAUUACCACCAAAAUGAAGAAAAAAUGAAUAUGUCCAUGCUUUGUAAUGUUCAAGGAUGCCAUGCACCUAUGAAACUGGCCAUGGAGAGGAAAUUUGCCAGUAAGGUUGGCCAUCUUCCUUUCCUACCAAGCUCAAAUCUACAGCAUGAUGUAUUCACAGGCAGAUAUCUUGAUAUUGGUUUUGAAGACAUACUCAACACGCCAGAGUUUUGUGAAAUCAGUGGACAACCGCAUGCUGUGGUUGAAAGAUCUUUAGGUAUUCUUUAAAUGAUUAUAAUAAGUCUUGAAUCAAUUUUUUAAAUACAUAAUUUCAAUAAAUACAAAUUCAAAAGUAAA